AUGUCGGCCGAAUCCCAGCCUAUCUCAGCAGACCGUUUCGCUCUAGCUAUUCAAGACCUUCCUGCUGAGAACUUGUACUCCAAGGCUCAAGAAAUUGAAAACUCCAUCGCCCACCUCGAACGCUCCAACAGACAACUGCAAGAAUAUAUUGAUAGCAUCAGAUCAGACACCAGCUUACCAGAAAGUACGAGGCAAGAGGGGGACAAAGACUGCUCGGAUGCAAUUCAGGAGAACCAUAUUGUGAUCGAACGACAGAGGGAGAGAGUAGAGCUGUUGAAACGUGAGGUGGAGAGAAGAGGAGGGAAAUGGCACGAAGCUGACACCAAUGGAAAGUUGAACGGGGCAUCAGAAGAGCCGUCCGGUGGUACAGCAGAGACGGAGAGGAACGCAGGUGGAAGAUUGACCGACGAGGAAUUGCGGCGGCAGAUGAUGGAUCGGCUCGGAGGCGACGACAACGAUAACAACGGGGACGGAAUGCAUUUGUAA